UGGAGAGUUUGUGAAAAGUUGUGAGACUAGCAGGAGGAAGUGGGGACAGAGAAGCUGGUCUGUGCCGGAGGCCGAGAACCCAGAGGUCUCAGAUGACCCCCGGAAAGCCCAGGUGGCAGGAAAGGAGCCGAGCGCCUGCAUGAAAAGAAGGACCUGCUGGGAGGUACACCCCUACCUGAGCCGGGAGCUCAAGCUGCGGCUUCCGCAGCCCUUCCCCUGUGUAGUGGCUGGGUGGCUGCGUCUGCGCCUUAGCUGUUAGAAUCCGGAUGGCCGUGAGGUGGACUUGGGCAGGCAAGAGCUGCCUGCUCCUGGCGAUUCUAGCAGUGGCCUAUAUCCUGGUGGAGCUCUUGGUCUCCACUUUCCAUGCCUCCCCAGGAGCCGACCGUGCCAGGGAGCGGGGGUCAAGACAGCUCUCAGACCUCCAGGAACAGGCAGAGGAUUUGUCUCGUCCACUUUAUGAGAAGCCCCCUGCAGAUUCCCAUGCAUUUGGAGAGUGGGGGAGAGCCAGCAAACUCCAGCUCAACGAGGGUGAACUGAAGCAGCAAGAAGAACUCAUUGAGAGAUAUGCCAUUAAUAUUUACCUCAGUGACAGGAUUUCCCUGCACCGCCACAUAGAGGAUAAAAGAAUGUAUGAGUGUAAAUCCAAGAAGUUCAACUAUAGGAGACUUCCUACCACCUCUGUUAUUAUUGCUUUCUAUAAUGAAGCCUGGUCAACUUUGCUCCGCACCAUUCACAGUGUUUUAGAAACUUCUCCUGCAGUCCUUUUGAAGGAGAUCAUCUUGGUCGAUGACUUGAGUGACAGAGUUUAUUUGAAGACACAACUUGAAACUUACAUCAGCAAUCUGGAUAGAGUUCGCUUGAUUAGAACAAAUAAGCGAGAGGGGCUGGUUAGGGCCCGCCUGAUUGGUGCCACUUUUGCCACUGGGGAUGUCCUCACUUUCCUGGAUUGUCACUGUGAGUGUAAUUCUGGUUGGUUGGAACCACUUUUGGAAAGGAUUGGUACAGAUGAAACAAUAGUUGUUUGUCCUGUUAUAGACACCAUUGAUUGGAAUACUUUUGAAUUCUACAUGCAAACAGGGGAGCCCAUGAUUGGUGGGUUUGACUGGCGUUUAACAUUUCAGUGGCAUUCUGUCCCCAAACAUGAAAGGGACAGGCGGAAAUCAAGAAUUGACCCUAUCAGAUCACCCACCAUGGCUGGAGGACUGUUUGCUGUCAGCAAGAAAUAUUUUCAGUACCUUGGAACAUACGACACUGGAAUGGAAGUGUGGGGAGGUGAAAACCUUGAGCUGUCUUUUAGGGUGUGGCAAUGUGGUGGUAAAUUGGAGAUCCACCCAUGUUCCCACGUGGGCCAUGUGUUUCCCAAGCGGGCACCAUAUGCUCGCCCCAAUUUCCUGCAGAAUACUGCUCGGGCAGCGGAAGUGUGGAUGGAUGAGUACAAAGAGCAUUUUUACAAUCGAAACCCUCCAGCAAGGAAAGAAGCUUAUGGUGAUAUUUCUGAAAGAAAAUUACUACGAGAACGGCUGAGAUGCAAGAGCUUCGACUGGUAUUUGAAAAAUGUGUUUCCUAACUUACACGUUCCAGAGGAUAGGCCAGGCUGGCAUGGGGCUAUUCGCAGUAUGGGGAUCUCUUCUGAAUGUUUAGAUUAUAACUCUCCUGACAACAAUCCCACAGGUGCUAACCUUUCCCUGUUUGGAUGCCACGGUCAAGGAGGCAAUCAAUUCUUUGAAUAUACUUCAAACAAAGAAAUAAGGUUUAAUUCUGUGACAGAGUUAUGUGCAGAGGUUCCGGAGCAAAAAAAUUAUGUAGGAAUGCAAAAUUGUCCUAAAGAUGGGUUCUCUAUUCCAACAAACAUUAUCUGGCAUUUUAAAGAAGAUGGAACCAUUUUUCAUCCACACUCAGGACUGUGUCUUAGUGCUUAUCGGACACCUGAGGGCCGACCUAGUGUACAAAUGAGAACUUGUGAUGCUCUAGAUAAAAAUCAAAUUUGGAGCUUUGAGAAAUAGAAGAGCACAACAGCACUUUCAUCGUGAACUGACAAUAGCUACAAGAAAGUCAAAGAGCCUUCAGAAAGCCUCAGUGAAGAUUGUAUUUUAUGAGAAGUCACCCGACCAUCAUCUAUGAGAGCACUGAAAAGCUGUGGUUCAUUUUGGUGUAUUACACUGAAACUGGGUGCACAGAGUGCUGCUGUUUCAUAUUUCAAAGUGCCUUACUUAUGGAUUGUUUUAUUUAAAAGCUUUGUUAAUAUGGUCUCUUCCUUCUCCUUAAAGAAGUUGACUGUGAAUUGAGAUACACAGAACAUUUAAAUGCCAGACUUAAUAUUAAAGAAUGUAAAAGUCCAAGCAAAAUGAGGUGUGAUUUAUGUUGAUGGGUAAGUU